CGGGGGCGGAAGCGGCGGCUGCUGUCAGAGCUGGAGAGGGGCCGGGUGCGGCGGCCAUGGAGGGUCAGCGCUGGUUGCCGCUGGAGGCCAACCCUGAGGUUACCAACCAGUUCCUGAAACAAUUAGGUCUACACCCAAACUGGCAGUUUGUUGAUGUAUAUGGAAUGGAUCCUGAACUCCUUAGCAUGGUACCAAGACCAGUCUGUGCAGUGUUACUUCUAUUUCCUAUUACAGAAAAGUAUGAAGUAUUCAGAACAGAAGAGGAGGAAAAAAUAAAAUCUCAGGGGCAAGAUGUUACAUCAUCAGUGUACUUCAUGAAGCAAACCAUCAGCAAUGCCUGCGGAACAAUUGGACUGAUCCAUGCUAUUGCGAACAAUAAAGACAAGAUGCACUUUGAAUCUGGAUCAACCUUGAAAAAAUUCCUGGAGGAGUCUGUGUCAAUGAGCCCUGAAGAACGAGCCAGAUACUUGGAGAACUAUGACGCUAUUCGAGUUACUCAUGAGACCAGUGCCCACGAAGGUCAGACUGAGGCACCAAAUAUAGAUGAAAAAGUAGACCUUCAUUUUAUUGCAUUAGUUCAUGUAGAUGGGCAUCUCUAUGAAUUAGAUGGGCGGAAACCAUUUCCAAUUAACCAUGGGAAAACUAGCGAUGAGACUUUACUAGAGGAUGCCAUAGAAGUUUGCAAGAAGUUUAUGGAACGUGAUCCUGACGAAUUAAGAUUUAAUGCAAUUGCUCUUUCUGCUGCAUAGAUUGUCAAUGGAAACACUAAAUACUGUAUUAUUUACAACAGAAGUUAAAUUUUCGCUGCCAUACACUAACCCCAAAAUUUUGAUAUUUUCAUUAACUUGACUGAUUAAACUUUAUGUGAAUUAAACUUUGACUUAACCUGU